AUGUUAAAGUCAAGUUUUCAAAAAACUAAUAAUAUUCAUGUGGAAUGGUACGAAUUUGAACUAGCCAUUUUCAAGAUUAGAGAAGCACCCAUUAGAGAUUGGUUGAUGUAUCGAUUACAAACUAUUAACGCGAUCUUCGAUGAUGACUUUAGAAAAGGUAGAGAAGAAGCCAUCAAGAGAGAGAAACAACAUCUAGCAAGAGAAAUCAAACUUCAUUUGGAAGAAGAAGAAUACAUUGCACCUCUUUCACAAUGGUUAACAAAAUAG